CCUGAGGCUGUGAGGAAUGGCGGGAGUUGAAGGCCAAAACACCUGGAAGGCCCAAGUUGGCCCAGGCCUGCCUCAUAAAGAAGUUUAAAGGCCUACUCCUAACUCCUGACCCUUCUGGGCCCCUCCUCCCUCCUUCCCUUCCUCUUUCCAUCCUUCCUCCCUCCGGCGAGAGCCAUGGCCUGCCCUCCUCGCCGCCCUCCCUGGCCUCCCCCGUACCGCUCUCUGGAUCUUCUCUGGUCCCUGGCGGGCGGCGCGGCCUUCCUAGCGGACCUGGGCGCGGAUGCCUGGGUAGCCGUCCGCUUCUGGAAGGCAGGCCGCGCUGACUGGGCCUUGCUGGUGCUGGGCCUAGCGGGCCUGUCCUCACUGGUCACGCAGGCCUUCAGCUGGGCCUGGCACCGGGGUGACCCGCCGGAGCUGCGGCGCGGGCUGCCCUCGGGCCCGGCCUGGCUGGCCUUGCACGUCCUGCAGCUGGGCUACUUGUACAGAUGCCUCCAUGCCUUGAAGGUGGGUUUCAACGUCUGCCGGACGGAAGCUGCGACAGAGACACAGCGGGCUUAUGCCAUUUUCCUGUCCCACGAUAUUAGCUUACUACGCCUUUUUGAGACCUUCCUGGAAAGUGCCCCUCAGCUCACACUGAUGCUCUACAUUAUUCUGCACACAAACAAAGUGGCGAUAUUUCAAAUACUUGGCAUUUGCACAUCUUUCUUCUGUAUUGUCUGGACGCUCUUGGAUUAUCACCAAACUCUGCGCAGCUUUCUACAGGAAAAAUACAAGCUGGAUUUUCUGUCCUCAGUCCUCUACUUCCUAUGGAACUUCCUGUUGGUGUGUCCCCGUAUCCUGUCUCUUGCUGUCUUUGCUGUGCUCUUCCCGAACUACAUUUUCCUUCACUUCCUGGGCGUUUGGUCAGUCAUGUUCCUCUGGGUUUCAUUGCAAGGCACGGACUUCAUGGAGAAUACCUGCGAAUGGGUUUAUCGGGCAGUUGUAGCGGUCAUCCUCUAUUUCUGCUGGUUCAAUGUGGCCGCAGGGAAGACGUGCCACCGUGCAGGCAUUUAUCACACAUUCAUUUUGCUGGACAGCAUUAUCCUCUCUGUCUCAUGGCUCUGGCACAAUACUCCCUUGAGCAGGGACUCCUACAUUAUACAUGCUCUCUUUGCUGCCUUGCCCUGCUACUUGCUUGGCAUCAUUCUAAGAGGCAUCUACUACAAAUUUUUCCAUCCAACAGUACAGACUGUAUCUCCAAACAUUUACGAUGAAGUGGAUACUCAAGAGACUGUGAGUGACAGAACCAUUGGUUUCCAGGUUGUGGUGGACCAUAGGAUAUCCACAAGUGUUAUGAGACAUGUGAAUCGUCGAACGUACAAGCUCUCCCAAAACUUCUUUGUUAACACUUUACAGGACAAGCACCCACUCCAAAAUGGGACUCUUGGAGACGUGUAUUUGUGAUCCUUACAUAUCAAGAGCCCAGUAAAGGCAGAAUGUUUUAGACAAGCCUCUUCCAGGUUCAUAUCACUGCUCCAGAACUAGGCUAUGUGCUAAAGCUGCAUCUGAGUUAAAUAAUGUAGAGUUGUCUAAGAUGAUAAGGAUUCCUAGAUUCUUGAGCAUAAGGAUCCACGCUAAAGCUUUUUCUUCACUUGAUAUGCACUGGUUGUGUUGAACUACAUCUCCAAUAAGCUCGGAGAUGACUAAGGAGUCUGGGAAGCCUGUGGUUUGGUAUGAUGCCUUAAAUAGGUUCACUGAGUCCUUAGUUAUUGACUUACUUCUAUCCUUGUGUGGCCAAAUAACUCAAGAUCCGGACUGGGCAAAGUGCAUCCCUCCAGAUGUUGAAGGGAUGCAAUUUCCAUCAUACUUAAAUCCUGGAAGUUGCAAUCCAGGAGAGAUCAGAGGGCAUUUCUGUGAACAGUUUUGUAGUUAAUCUCCUUGUCUCACCAAUCCUAUUUAGAAUUGGGGUUUUGGAUUUUUGUUAGGUCAUUUUUGUGGCCUAAUUUAAAUUAUGCUGUCACUGUUACGAUAACAAGUGUUUUUUAAUUGUUCACACUGUUAAGACAAAUGUUGGGUUCAAAGCAAAUAGAAUAUUAGAGAGCAGAGUUAACAGUCUCCUUAUUUUUACUUUCUAAAUGAAAGGGAACUGAAGAAAGCUGCCAAUUUCACUGGAGGAACAGCAAAUAACUAGAGUGGGGUGGCAGUGACAUGGGAAGAGAUGACAUCAUGAAAUUAGAAUGAAAAAUACCCCACUGACAUUUCAGUCAGAAACUCGAAAGAGAGUGGAAUAAUAGAACUGUUCUAAGUUAUUUUUGAAAGCAAUUGCUGAAGAAUGCUGAAUUUCCUGACUCAUCCCAACCCCAUUUAAACCCUUUCCACCUUUAUGUACUUCUCUCAAAGCCAUGGCAAGGUCAAUUUUCACAGAAAAAGAGACAGGGCCUUUCUCUCUAAAGAUAAUACUGUUGUCAUAGUUCCUUCAUUUAAAUCACAGCUUCCUAAAGUUAUUUUUGAUUUAAACAGGAUCAAAACUUGCCCUAUAAUGUUGACUUUGGCCAUUGGUUCAGUCUUAACUUUGAAUGUUAAGUUAUUGUCAGUUAUGCAGAAUAAAAAAUUCAAAUCUG